AUGGCAGAAAAGACACCAGAGACCCAGGACACUGAACUGAUGGAGGUCUUGGAGCUGGACAGCGAUGAGGGAACUUCAGUGGCAGUGGAGGAGCAGCAUUCAAUAUGGCAGAUGCUCCGCAGAUACAGAGGCGCCAUAAUAUGGUCUGCUUUUAUUGGACUGGCUGGUAUCAAUUGGGGAAUGGAUGUUCUUCUUUCCACCGGCGUCAUUUCUGUUCCCUCAUUCAAGAAGAAAUUCGGAUACAGCUUUGAGAGCGAAUACAUUAUCAGUGCUUCUUGGCAGAUCGCUUUCAACACCGCUUCGUCCAUUGGUGGAUUCUUCGGUGCUAUUGGAAGCGGAUAUCUUGCAGACAAGCUGGGAAGGAGGCCGACGUUGGCGAUUGCAUGUGUAGUCAGUAUUGGCGCCGUCUUCAUGCAAGUCUUCGCGGGGUCGUCGGGUCUCUUAUUGACGGGCAAGCUCAUCAAUGGUCUUUCUCUCGGUUCCUUUCUCACUAUAACCUCCUCAUAUUCUUCAGAAGUAUGCCCCGUCGAAGUCCGCGGUCUCACAACAUCCGGUGUUCAACUCUUUGUAAGCUUCGGUCAACUCAUGGCGAACCUGAUUCUCAAAGGCACCGGCACAUUAUCCUCAUCAUUCGCUUAUAAGAUCCCUUUCAUGCUACAAUUCAUAUUUCCUACCAUUCUCCUCCUGGGCCUGCCAUUCUGCCCCGAAUCGCCUUGGUACCUCGCCCGCACCCACAACACCCCUCUCGCCCUCUCUACCCUUUCUCGUCUUGGCUACCCUGACCCAGUCACUGCCCUCUUAAAAAUUUCAAACACAAUUACCGCGGAGGAAAUGAAAACAUCGAGUACGACUUACCUAGACUGUUUCCGCGGUUCCGAUGCGAGGAGAACGGAAAUAGCCAUGGGUAUCUUCUCCGUUCAACAACUCACAGGCGUAGUAUUCACCAUCGGCUACAGUUCUUACUUUUUCGAACUUGCAGGCCUCUCAGCAUCUUCAUCCUUUUCCCUCUCGAUCGGUGUCUCGGUCCUUGGUCUCAUCGGCGUCGUGUGUUCCUGGUUCCUCAUCAACCGCACAGGUCGUCGCUCUACCUCCCUCGUUGGAACUGCUAUCCUCACCGGUCUACUAUUCCUCAUUGGCAUUUUGGAUGUGAUACCAGCGAGUAACACAGGACCCGUGUACGGACAAGUAACAUGUGUUAUCGCGUUUGCAUUCAUGUAUUUACUCACAAUCGGCCCUACCGGCUGGACUCUGUUCGCAGAAAUCUCAUCCUCGCGCCUCCGCUCCCGAACCGUUGGUUUAGGAAUCGUGGUACAGAAUACCUUUGGCGUACUGAUGAAUAUCGUCGUCCCGCUUCUCAUCAAUCCCGAUGCUGCAGAUCUAGGAGGCAAGAUCGGCUUUAUCUUUGGAGGAACGGCGUUUAUGGGUGUUCUGUGGGUAUAUUUGAGGGUGCCGGAGACGGCGCAUAGGAGCUUUGAACAGCUUGAUUGGUUGUUUGAGAAUGGAGUGCCGGCGAGGAGGUUUAAGGGCUAUCAUGUACCGUUGCUUGCUGUGACUUGA